UUCGACUUCCUUUCCACACACGCAGACAGCACAAGCGCACAAGUCAAAGAAGAAGGUCUUGCUCAACAGGAACAAACCGAGUAAUGAAAUGAGGACUUCGUGACACACACACGAACCCAUGGAUCACAGUGAGGAAGAGUCAACACCUCUGGUGAUCAGAGACCGCGGGGGCAGCCAGAGGUCAAGUUCAAGCAAUGCCCUCAAUUUACAAGUUCACCUCUACUUCUUUCCCGGCACAAAGGAAGAGACAACAAUACACAUUUCAUCUGGACAUAUAUCCGCAGAAAACGUCUGCAUCGAAGCAGGGAAAAAAUGUGGAAUCUUACCAGUAUACCAAAGCCUUUUUGGUUUGGCAUCUUCCGAUCUGUCAUUUUGGUAUCCUCCGUCACACGUGUUUGACACGGAAGAAAACGUACAUGUCCACUUUAGAGUCAGAUUUUUCUUUGGAAACUGGCUUGGACAAGGAACAAGAACAUCGUUCCGCUACAGUUUGACCAGAGACAGAAUCUGUCCGGUGCUCGACUACAGCGUCAUCGAUUAUCUUUUUGCUCAGUUGCGAAGUGACUUCAUUGCCAGCGAGGCAGGGGUAGCCCCCCCUUUGAGCGCCCAGGAGGAAUGCCUUGGCCUUGCUGUGCUGGACUUGUGGAGAAUGGCUAAGGAGCGCCAUCAGAGUGUCAGAGAGGUCUGCAAGACUGUCAGCUACAAAUCCUGUCUUCCCAAGUCACAUCGUCACGAGAUCCAGAAACGAAGCCGCCUGGACCGCUUCCGAAUCCGAAACACCCUCAAGCGCUUCUUGAAGAAGCUCGGCAACUGCUCAGUAGACGAGUGCAGCUUGAAACUCAAGUACCUGAUCGAACUGGCUGGCAUUGAGCCUUCGCUGGGAAGUGAAACCUUUCGGGUGAAUUACUCUGCCUCGCACUCAAAGUCGGCUUUCUCUCUCGUGCGAGUCACUGGGGAAACAGGAAUUCAAACCAGUGGAAAUCCUCAUUCUGACGACGUCCUGGAGUGGCAGACCUUCUGUGACUUCCAAGAAAUCACUGACAUUAGUAUCAAGAGGGUGUGCCAUGAACAGGUUCCUCAGGAUAGAAGGAUUGUGACAAUAACGCGUAAGGAUGACAGAUUACUGGAAGCCAAGUUCCAAAGUCUCAAAGAAGCACUUUCGUUUGUGUCACUUGUCGAUGGCUACUUUAGACUCACCACAGACUCUAGCCACUUCUUCUGUCAAGACAUUGCCCCACCAAGCAUUCUGGAGGGAAUGAAAAACCACUGUCAUGGCCCAAUCACAUCAGAGUUUGCAGUCAACAAGUUGAAAAAGUCCGGAUGUAAAGGGGGCACCUUCGUUCUCCGGCAGAGUCCCAAGGACUACGACAACUUCUUCCUGACCGUUUGUGUUCAGACGGCACUUGGACUUGAUUAUAAAGACUGUCUCAUUAUUAAAAAUGAGCACUACAGUCUUCCUGGGGUCCAGAAAUCAUUUUCCAGCUUGAGAGAGCUCACCAGCUAUUAUCAACACAAUAAACUGCUGCUAGCUGAAGUCCCUGUCAAAUUAGGUCGCUGCUGUCCUCCUCGCCCAAAAGAGCUCACAAAUCUGAUCAUCAUCCGCAACAGCAGCUCUGUAGAAGCUCAGGGUUCCCCGACACUGGAAAGGAACAAAUUCAGUCACAUACAGUUCCACAUGAUCAAAUAUGAAAACCUGAAAUGGGAGGAAAGCCUUGGACAGGGCUCUUUCACUCGGAUUUUUAAAGGCCACAAAAUUGACAUUCGUGACGGGGAGAAACACACAACAGAGGUUCUUCUGAAAGAGCUUGAUUCUGCUCACAAGAACUGCUGGGAGUCUCUGUUUGAAGCUGCCAGCUUGAUGAGUCAGAUUUCGCACAAGCAUCUCCUCCAUGUGUUUGGCGUGAGCGUUCAUGGGGUGAAAAACAUCAUGGUGCAGGAGUUCGUCAAGUACGGGGCCCUCGACAUUUACUUGAAAAGAGGAAAGUCCAUGUCAGUGAGCUGGAAACUUGACGUGUCCAAACAGCUCGCGUCGGCCCUCAACUUUCUGGAAGAGAAAAACAUUGUUCAUGGAAAUAUCUGUGCCAAAAAUCUGCUGCUGGCAAGAGAAGGUGACCCAUCCCAGGGUAGCUCUCCUUUCAUCAAGCUGAGCGAUCCUGGCAUCAGCGUGGCCAUGUUAGGAAAGGACGUUAUCCUGGACAGGAUCCCCUGGGUGGCCCCUGAGGUGCUGCAGGCCCCAGACAACCUGAGCCUUGAGUGUGAUAAAUGGAGCUUUGGUGCCACUGUGUGGGAAAUCUUCAACAAUGGACACUCCCCGUUGCGUGGCUGGGACUUGGACCAGAAGCGUCAGUUUUAUGAGCGUUUCCAGCAGUUGCCUCCUUCCCAGUGGACAGAGUUGGCAGAUCUGAUCAGUCAGUGUAUGGACUACCAGCCCGACAUCCGACCUUCUUGCCGCAGUAUUAUCCGUCAGCUCAACAGCCUCAUCACUUCAGACUACGUGAUACUUCACGCUACUGAGCCUGUCACGCAGAACUCCAUGUACAGAGCCCUCUGCCCCACCCACAACGAGCAGACAUUGUUUGAGGAGAGACACUUGCGCUACAUCUCCCCACUGGGAAAAGGGAACUUUGGCAGUGUUGAACUGUGCCGCUAUGACCCGCUGGGCGAUAACACCGGCGAGCUGGUGGCGGUGAAGAAGCUGCAGCCCAACAAGCAGUCGACCAUGGAGGACUUCCAGAAGGAGGUCAACACCCUCAGCGUUUUAUACUGCGACUACAUUGUGAAGUACAGAGGAGUCUGCUAUAGCAUGGGUCGUCUCAAUAUGAGUUUAGUGAUGGAGUAUUUGCCCUUUGGCAGUCUCAUCGGCUACAUGGAGAGUAACCGGCACAAAAUCAACACCAGGCGGAUGCUGCUUUUUGCUUCUCAGAUCUGUAAAGGGAUGGAGUACCUGCAGACCCUGCGCUUUGUGCACAGAGACCUUGCAGCCAGAAAUAUUCUGGUGGCCAGCGAAACGCUGGUGAAAAUUGCAGAUUUUGGGUUGACCAAGGUCAUUCCUUUUGACAAGGAGUACUACCGCGUCAAGCAACCUGGAGAGAGCCCCAUCUUCUGGUACGCUCCAGAGUCCAUCAAUGAGUCGAAAUUUUCCCACAAAUCGGACGUGUGGAGCUUUGGAGUCGUUCUUCAUGAGCUCUUCUCCUACUGUGAUAUGAACCGCAACCCAAAAAGGUUGUGCAUGCAAGAGAUCGGACACAACAUGCAAGGUACAUCCAUAUCAAUGCAUCUGGUAAAUAUUCUAAAGAACAACUGGAGGUUGCCGGUUCCUCCAAACUGCCCACCCAAGGUGUACACUUUGAUGAAGCAGUGCUGGAUGUACAACUCUGACGAGCGGCCGUGUUUCUCUGACAUCGGAAACCAAAUUGAAAGUAUCAUUCAAGAAGAAAGAGAAAACCUCAAAGGCUGACAAGGUGCCAGCUGCACGCAACGAGAUGUCAACUGUCCGCAAUGAUCACUGUCACACUGGAAGCAGGGUCGCAUUCGUAGCAGAGGACACAGCAAUGUGCAUGUGAAUACUGACUUGCCACUGACACAUGACAGGUUAAUAAACAUAGCGAAUGCUCACUUUAAACUCCUUUUUCCAAAUCGAAUCAUUUACAUUACAUAAGAUUUGUUAGUAAUCAAUUCUAAUAAUAAUAAAAGUUUGUUUCAACCCUAGCUACAGAUAGUGUGUAAGCCUAUAUAUGACUGUGGGUGAUAAAAAAUAGUCUUGCUGCUUGUUUAUUUUAAAAGUGACAAUGACUCUACAUUCUUGCAGUCAAAUAUAUGCAAGUCAUUCAGCAACAAUUUUUCUCCUGUGAGAAAAAUUACAGCACACUGUAAGCAUGUUUUACCAAUAAAUACAGAAACUGAAAACGGAUGUCAAGCUUUGUGUGUUAAAAUGUAAAACAUUUGUAUUUUCAUUAUUUUCUUCUUCUGCAGAUGUAUACUGUCGUCAUGUAUUGUGGUAAAGAAUUUGCCGUGUUUUGUACCAGGUUUUAAAUAAAGUUAUGUUUUGUCAGCUUGUAA